CGCAUUAUUAAUAGCUGCUUUUGGUCCCAGUCAGCUCGGACAUGGACGGAAAUCGAAGUCGGAGACGUGUGGAGGAAUUGACGGAGUACACGAUCCGUGUCGGAUGAGCUGUCAGCUGUGCAGCAGCCGGCGGCGUGCUCGACGAGAGAGAAGUGUGAAGCUUUCAGACUCUACGCCUGUUAGCCCAAGGACGUAACGAGCAAGGCAAAAACAGACGAGCCAGAGACCCGAGGUGCUUCACAAGGGAACCGAUGGCUUGUUUGCCACGACCAGGAUAGGGGACCCCCCCCCCCCAAAAAAAGAAAAAGGCAAGCGAUAUAGACACUGAACGCGACUGGAUAUCAUGUCUUGACUACAAAAGACCGCUUAUCCGCAGAUAAACUGCAGCAGGCGGGAGAGGCCUCUUCCUGUAUGGAGGAGGGUGCUCUUUAUUUAAUCCAGACAUAAACCUCACUCAACAACGUCGAGUGAAGGGGGGGGGGUAAUCCGAAAUAUCAAGAGGAGACGUUAAAAUCAUCGCCGAAAUCGUCAGCACUUGUUGGAAAUCGGGUCAUUUUCGCCUCCUUUUUGGCAAUGGCUCGAAAAACACGAAAUGAUAUCGACCUGGGGUGAUCAACGGGAUUCAACGGGAAGCUUUAUCCGCAAUUGAGGAAAUUUAUGGGAUCACAAGUUUCAUCUGAUGAAAUGAGUGUGCGUGCUGGCCAGGGUAGUGAUGAGGUGCUGGUGUCACAAGCGGUGUGGGAUUACCUGGCUGCAGCUGGGCGGCCCUGGCUUAUUGACUUUCAGGACAAGCAGGGGAUGAGUGCUGGUAUCAUUAGGCGAGGAGAAAGGGGGGGCUGCUGUGCUGUAAGGCUUCAGCCAGUGGAGGGCUCGCGGAGGGCUGGCGCUGCCGGGAUGAUGGAUGGACCCAUCUCCAACGAGACCCGCAAAGCCUUCAUUGACUUAUGCCGCUGUGCCCGCAAGGAAAUGAGCAAACAGGAGGGUGGGCCCAAGAGGAAGCGGACUCUUCUGCCUUGCGUCGGAGUUCUGGAGCCGAAUGGAGAGGGGAGCCUCCUUCCCCCACCACCUCCCCAGCCUCGGCGUUCCCAGAGGCAGCAGCAGAGGCUAAGGAAGCCUGCUGACGAGGAAGCCUGCAUGAUGCUCCAUGAAACAGCCCAGAACAAGGACAUGGACCCUGGCAUUGGCUCCCACAACGAGGCUGAGGACAACACUUCUUGCUCUAUCUGCAUGGGGGAUAUAGUGGACAAAACAACGCUGGAGAGGUGUGGCCACUCUUUCUGUCGCUCUUGCCUGGAUCAAGCCUUCAAGGUGAAGAGAGCAUGUCCUGUGUGUCGGUUAGUGUAUGGCCAGUUGAUCGGGGAUCAGCCUGCAAAUGGCAGUAUGAUGGUAGAAAGAGACCCAGAUCUGGAGCUUCCUGGCCAUGAAGGCUACGGAUGUAUCUGCAUCAUCUACAGCUUCCCUCCUGGCCUGCAGGCACCAGAACACCCAAACCCAGGAGUGCGGUACCCAGGGACGGACCGUGUGGCCUACCUCCCAGACAGCCCCGAGGGGAACCGAGUGCUGGGCCUGCUACGGCGGGCCUUUGAACAGCGCCUUAUCUUCACUAUCGGUACCUCCAUGACCACUGGCAUGCAUAAUGUCAUCACCUGGAAUGAUAUUCACCACAAGACCUCGAUAUGGGGAGGACCCCGCUGUUUCGGCUACCCGGACCCCACUUACCUGGUGCGAGUGACAGAGGAGCUCAGAGAGAAAGGGAUCACGACAGACUGACGGUGUGGAAGUUGAUGGACUGUUCUGGUACCUUCUAGAGCUUCGGACCGUCUCCUUGCAGCAUAUGUACACGACUAGGCUGCAGGUUCGGUUGUGAGACUGACCAGGCCUUAAGGCACAGCUGAAGACAAGGCCCUCAACUGACUCUAGUCUAAUGCUGCAGCAGGGUCCACCUCACCACACUUAAUUGUUCCCCUGUUCAUUAAUUUUGCUCGUGUUUUUGUCUUAACCCAGUGCUUUUGGGUGGAAGAAAAGGAGUGCAGUGCAUUCUCAUAUGACCCAGUCCUCUACUCAUCACUGUUGGCAACAGGACUGGUAUCUGAUGUGCUCAUUUAAGAGUAUCACAGUGUGUUUGCGGUACUUACACAGUAUCAGGAGAUCUUACAUAUGAAAUGUUUAAGUUGAAACUCAUGUUAUAUUAAUGUUUAGUUCUGCACUGGGGAACACUUUGUUUGUUAUAAGCACACACUCUUGUUUUUGUACCCCCCCACUCCAGUUAUAGUACUUGGAUUAUGUGGCAGAAUAGCCCUGCUUCAACUGAAAGAAAUCAUUUUUAGGUUUUUGCAAUCUUAAGCACUCACAGGCACUUUGGUAUGGGAGUCUGUCUCACAGUGAAGUACAGUUGGUGUGCGUUUUGCUUCCACUCCAUGGAAUAGUGCUCGGACAAACAGGUCUCUGCAGCCACAAGACAUUAGCUUGGCACCUAUAAGCUGAUGUCAGCUGCUUGGAGCUCUUCCUCUGCGUUUGAUCUUCCUCAUCUUGCUUUACUUUUUGUUCCUAUUGGAAGAAUGUUAUUUGGUGUGUCAUUGCAACACCCUUCCUUGUAUGUCUAUAGACUCCCACCAAAGUUCAUUGCCACAAUCCAAGCCUGAUAUUUAAUGAUGUCUCCCGAGUUUUGAGACACUUGGACUCGGUUGUCAGUAGUAGUUUCCUCAUUUCUAACUACCAGAUUUAUGACGAUGUCAAACGCAAAGGGCAUAAAGACCACUUAAACCAAAUCAAAGGCACAAAGCUCUUUAAUUUACUAUGCCUCUGGCGCUGUCAGACUGGGAGAUUUGCCUAUUAACUUUCUCAUUUAAGAUGAGACAAAUAAUCUGACAAAGGAAAAUGUUGUGGAAACAGUUAUUGAUUUGAAUUUGAGGUGAAAUUGAUCUCAUUUUGUUGGUGCCUUUUAUUAUAAUGGGUUUUGAUAAAAUCAAGCAUGACCUUAAUGAAUGGUAAGCAGUCUAGGCUUGUUUCAGUGUUCUUUGAUAGGUCAACAGCACUGCUGUUUGUAAGUAGCUAUAUUAUCUGGCUUUCAGUAAAUAUACUACACGGCCCAUGGGAUAUGUAUAAUUAUGUGUAUUUGAAUUAACUUCUCAUUCAUAACCAUCCUGGAAUUACAGAAGCUAAAAAAAAAAAAACCUCACAAAUGAUAAUGUGUGGAAGUGCUUGGCUAAAAUGCAGUAACAUGCUUGAUCAGUGGUAAAUCGGUCAUCAGUUUAAUGAGGUCCAUACAUCAAAUAACCUUUGUUUUCCAUCAUCUUUGUAUUUUUGUUAAGGGACCAAUAUUCUUGGGACACAGGAUUGUAGUUUACUAAAGCUACCGUGCAAACAUUUCUAUGCAGUAUAUGAUUGAGACGGGGCCACAAGACUGAAGUUUGAAGGCUUGCACAUUGCAAAUUGAUUGUUGAUGAAAAGUUGGAUUUUUGCUUUUCUAAUUGAGUUGAUUCGUACUUUGAGUCUGUUGAUAUUCAAAAUAAUGUGCUUUACAAUUUAAUACUUGAAUAAAAUGUUAUGU